CACACCACGAGUACAAUCCGUCUCUAUUACUCAACACCAUGUUCGGAGACUUCCCCGUCAAAGACAAAAUCGUGGUGAUCACCGGCGGGGGAUCUGGCAUCGGUCUAGCCGCCGCCCAGCUGACCACCUCCAAAGGCGCCAAGACCAUCAUCGCGGACCUCAAACUCACCCCUGCAGCUGAAACCUUCGUGAAUAGCACACCCACCGCCUCAAUCCUCUUCCAACCCUGCGAUGUCCGCAACUGGACCGACCUCCAAGCUCUGAUCCGUGUCUCCCUGGACAAAUGGGGCGAUGUGCCCGACGUGUAUAUCGCCGCCGCGGGCGUUUUCGAUCCCGAAUGGUCCAACUUCUGGGACGAUACCGAGGAUAACGGCUACGCCGCAAUGGAGAUCAACGCCAACCAUCCCAUCAAGCUGACUCGUAUCGCCAUACGCGAGUUGCUGCGCGCCAACAAGAAGGGCGUCGUGUGCUGCGUCUCGUCCCUGGCGGGGAUCGCCGCGGCGCCGGCGGCGCCCUUGUAUACGGCGGCUAAGCAUGCGGUGUGGGGGUUCGUCAAGGCCAUGGCACCGUACGAGGCGAUGGAGGGGGUCAAGGUCACGGCUGUUUGUCCUGCAGCCGUGCGAACGCCGCUGUUCACGGACCGCCCGGCGGCGAUGGAACAGUACUCCCUCGUGGAGAAGGAGCUGCUCGAUCCCGCCGAUGUCGCAGAGUGUAUGGUCCAGUUGAUCGAAGCGGGGGAGUACGGAGGGGGCGCGGUGGUGGAGAUAUGGGCGCGCGGGCCCGAGGGUCGGCGCGUGGUGCCGGAGUGGAACAUCGCGCCUAGUCCGUACUUCGCGGCGCAUACGCCCGAGGUGACAGAGAAGAUCUUUGCGCCGGUGAGAGAGAAAUUGGCGAGGGAGAGGGGGGGUGGGCAUUAAUUAGCCUGUCGCCUAUAUAACUCGACCCAUCCUAUCGCCACACUAACACACAUACUGUGCCGUUCACACAUGAUAUUCAGUACACCCUCUCCGUAUACCACAUUAAAACAGAAUCACCUCCCAAAAUCCGGAAUAAUCCCCGCAGCCCUAUACCGAUCAAAAACCGUCCACCACGUGCCGCGCGCAUCCCUCUCCUCCGCCGCAUCCCCCCAAUCCCGAUGCAUCUUCCCCAGAUCCAACGGGCGAUCAAAAUCGAAUCCCUUCAUCAAGAACCCAGGCACAUGGCUCAGACUCACCCCAUCCUCGACCGUCCCAUGCCCACCCCUCACCCGAUACUCCCUCUCCAUCUGCCCCCUCUCAGCCUCAU